UUGUCAUAUAGGCGCUGUUAUCCUGGAAGGAAAUGUCCGACCAAUAUGUGAUCAAAUAUUAACAGGACUGGUUUGGCAAGGGGUGGGAAAAUACACGUGACAAGACGCGGGGAAGCAGCAGAGUGGAGAAAAAAAAAAAGCAGUCUAAAGUGGGCACUCAAACAAAAGUAUAUAGAUAUUUUCUUGCCCCCUCAUAGUUACCCUGGCUGUGUUAUGCUUUCAGCACGUUGGACAGAGGCACCGGAGUCGUGCAUGGACUAAAACGCCGAGUGGACGCCAACUCUCUUUCUCUCUUUUCCCAGCCCCCCUUUGCCAAACCUGGGAUUGUUUUUUCAACUUUUGUUCCACCAGGUUAGAAGAGUGAUGACCAUCCUGUUCCUUACUAUGGUUAUUUCAUACUUCAGUUGCAUGAGAGCUGCGCCCCUGAGAGAUGCCCCGGGCAUGCGGGGCCAUCGGACGGAAGGCUACUUGGGCGCCGCCGCGACGGCCGCACGGGGCCACGGGACUCCACAGAGUGGCGGCGGGCCGGGCCAGCGCGUGGAACUGCCCUCGCUCACAGACACGUUUGAGCAAGUGAUAGAGGAGCUACUGGAAGUGGAUGGCGAGGCGGCGCAGCUGGGACAGGGGGCCGAUAAGAGCCAGGGAGGUGGGGGCCCGUCGUCCGUGGUCGCCCCGGAGACCAAGGAUGUCGACCUGUACGACUCGCGGGUGAUGAUCAGCAACCAAGUGCCUUUGGAGCCGCCGUUGCUCUUUCUUCUGGAGGAAUACAAAAACUAUCUGGACGCCGCCAACAUGUCCAUGAGGGUGCGGCGACACUCCGACCCCUCGCGGCGCGGAGAGCUCAGCGUGUGUGACAGUAUUAGCCAGUGGGUGACGGCUGUGGAUAAAAAGACGGCGAUAGACAUGUCUGGGCAGACAGUUACCGUCAUGGAAAAGGUCCCCGUCCCCAAUGGCCAACUGAAGCAAUACUUUUAUGAGACCAAAUGCGGCUCCUCGGGGUACACGAAGGAGGGCUGCAGAGGAAUAGACAAGCGGCAUUAUAAUUCCCAAUGCAGGACAACCCAGUCCUACGUGCGAGCGCUCACCAUGGAUAGCAAAAAGAAGAUCGGCUGGCGGUUUAUAAGGAUAGACACUUCAUGUGUAUGCACAUUGACCAUUAAAAGAGGGAGAUAGUGUAUAAAAUGUAUAGAUUUUAUUGAAGAGUUUAAAAAAGAGAAUAAAGAGAAAAUAUCUAUUUGUAUAUAUACAUAACAGGGUAAAUUAUUCCGUCAAAUGAAAAUUUUAUGGACUGCAUGUAAAAAAAGAUGAAGUUUAUACAGUAAAAGUGAUACUACAGUCUAUUUAUUGAACAUAUUCAUGACCUUGUAAACAAUUAAAAAAAAUCUGAUCAGUCAUUUGCGCCCAGUUUAAAUUACUAUAUCACGUUUCUCAAGACAUUGUGACUUGUUUACGUUGCCAAGAAAACGGAGGGAAAAAAAAAGAAAAAGAAAACGAGGCAAGGAAUGAGAGGACCGUUCCAUCUUCAAAAGCUUGCAUGCUGCUUCAAUUGUGAAUUGAGAAAUUCUCCACUGACAAAAAAAAAAGGAUACAAUGCUGACC